AAGGUGGUCUGCGAUGCACAUGGAUCCAAAGGUUAUGGAUUCGUCCACUUUGCCACCUUUGAAGCGGCAGAGAAGGCCAUCAAAGCGCUUGAUGGCAUGUUGUUGGACGACCAGCUAGUGUCCAUUGGCCACUUUAAAACCUUUCAAGAGCGUCAUGUUGAGCAGCAGGUCAUGGCUCAGGACAACGAGAGGCACUACCCGGUAUCCAAACCCUUUGAUCACCUAACGAAUCUUUAGCGAAUGUUGAAGCGUUCUUGUGUUACUGACUGGAUCUUGUCUGUUCGACAGGGGGUGAGUCUGUACGUGUGUAACCUGCCCUAUAGCUUCAGUGAGCAGCAGCUGUACAGAGCGUUUUCACCCUUUGGAAGCAUCAUCAGUGCCAAGUUGAUGAUGGAGGCCGGACGCAGCCGAGGCUUUGGAUUCGUCAGCUUCUCCACCCUCAACGAUGCGACCACGGCCGCGUCUGUCAUGAACGGGCGAGUGGUUGCCGGCAGGGCGUUGCGGGUCACUCUGUCUCGUCACAAUGAGCAGAAGACCCAGGCUGAGAAGCAGGACAGCAGCAGUGAAUCGCUUCCUGCUGGACGGUUUACGUCUGCUGUUCCGUUCAAAAACGCCUUGACGUUCAGCCUGAAAACCAGCUCGCGCUCCAGCCCGUCAGUCGACAGACAGCAGCGUGCGACCUCGCUCAGAGUCAGUAGCCUCUUCAUAUCUUACUCAUUCUGUAAAUGA